CGGCAGCACAAAACUUUUAGAUUAUAUUAUUAUAUAGAUUUAUCAACAAAGGAGGUAGUAGUUGAAAUAUCAGUAUCAACUAUUACAUCAACUCCUUCAACUCAAUCUACUCCAUCAACUAAACCUUUAAAAACAACAAAAGCAACAACUGUAAAACGAUCGAUGCCAACAGACUCACCAAUGUUGAACUACAUAUUUGAUAUUCACAGCACGCUAAAUAAACAUCAGCAUCACCGAGAUAAUCGUUGGGGUCCUCACUUUGAGGGUGAAAGCCAGAAUGUAACUGCUCAAGCUGGUGCAACGGUCAUUUUAGACUGUAAAAUAUCUCUACUCCAAGGCAAAACUGUUUCAUGGAUAAAGAGACACGAUGACGGUGAAAAGAUGACACUAUUGACAUAUGGUCAGCAAACGUAUACUGGUGACACCCGUUACUCUGUUGAGUUUCAGUAUCCAGACAACUGGCGAUUAAAAAUUUUAAAUGUCAAUAGUAGUGACGAAGGCCAAUACGAGUGUCAAAUAAGCACUCAUCCACCAAUGACCAUUUAUAUCAAUCUACAUAUUAAUGCACCUUCAGUCCAAAUAGUAGAUGCUUUGGGUGACCAAUUGAGAGACAAAUACUAUGAGGCUGACAGUACGAUUGAAUUAUUGUGUGUUGUACGACACAUGGCAAUGCAAGUUCAGUACAGCGUGGUACAAUGGCUCCAUGGGAACCGUAUCUUAAACUACGACACUACCAGAGGUGGUAUUAGUGUAAAAACAGAUUUGAUGGACGUUGGAGCAAAUUCAACUCUGAGUAUAGCCAAAGUGGGACCAGCCGACAGCGGUAAUUAUACCUGUGUAUUAACUACAAUGCCCGAUCAACCAGCAACUGUUCAUGUUCACGUACUUAACGGAGAAAGUCUAGCUGAAUUGCAUCAUGGUGCAGCUAAUAUAAUAACAAACAACAUUGUUCAUAUUAUUAUUUUACUUUUGUUUAUUUUUAUUAAUAACUGUCUGAUUAGACUGAGAUGA